AUGGAGCAAUAUUUGCUGCAGCUGCCAAAGCGUCUUGCGCAGGAAGUACGUGCCGGUAUUGCAACGGGUGACUUUACAAAUGUAAACAUGGUUUCAGGUGCGGACAACAAGCAUUUCACACUUCAUGUAAAUGGCAAAGAGUACCCAGCCAAGAUCACGCAAUUGCCAUGUAUUCUCGAGACACACAAGACUUAUGAUGAUAACUUUUUCUACAAAAGUGGGGAGAUUGGACAGAUUUUCGUGGUAACGGAUAAGGAGGAAGAGAAAAAGCUACUGGAGACACAAGAAGAAGUACCAAGUGGGAUUACACCGCCAAAUACAAACGUCAUCAAGCGUAAAUACGAGAAGACCAAGAAGACCACGCCUUUUCCGAAGCCUGAUGUCGCUCGGGUGGAAGAAGAUUUGGUAAAGAUUAUUGCUGGUGGGGUGAUUGAAGAUGUGCACGAGGAGCUGGUGGACUUCUACGAUUGGAUGGCAGAUGACGAGCAUCCAAAUGGUAUUACAGUGACAGACGAGAUGGAGCUUAUUCGUGAGCACCCAGAGUAUCUCACUCUAUCGGAAGAACAUCCGGCAAAGCAGCAGAAGCUAACGCCGCCUAGUGCAGGCAGUAGCAUAAUGCCAGGAACGGCCAACGCGUCAAUCGUAAACACACCACUUACCACCGAUGUUGGUUCCGAGGCCGAGUCACAAACUGACGGACAGGCUUCUGUGCAGCGCUCUCCGGCUUUCGCGCCGACGUCGAGUCCUAGACUCUCACCUAUGCAGCUGCAUUCAUCUACUAGUCGCGACCAAGACGAGGAAAAGGAGGUGGACAUGCUGGAGGAUGACAUUCUGGGUGACAUGGAAACGAAACCAGCCCCACCACCUCGGCAGAAGGCAUACUUGACGGACCCGGGCUACCUCAAACUAUUGCCGAUCCGAGAGCGGUUACAGAAGUCGGUACGCGAUGCCGACUGCGAUAUAAGCGGGCUCCAGGCCAAGGUCGACGCCAAUUCCAACAUCAUUGUCAAGAAUCGCUUCAAGCAAAUGCUUGAGGCAGCGCUUAAGCAGCGAGCCAAAAUUGCGACGGAGUUGGACAACGUCACAGCCGAAAUUUCUGCUUUUGAGUCGAGCUGA